UGAAAUCGCUAAAUAUGAGCAGUUUCAUAAACUUACUCCUUCUUUGGAUGAUACUUGGAGUGAGUAGAAGCUUAAUCAGAGAACAAGAUCUGCUAUGCGGUCAAAGAGAUUCUCCUUUUACUAAAAUUGUUGGGAAUAAUGUCACUGCGACUGGACAACUCAACUCUGUUGCACUUUUGAAUAAAAAUCAAGAGAUCCUUCUUUGUGGAGCAUACAGUUAUGUGAGUACCAAAGGGAUCAUUGGAAGUUCAUCAAAAGACGGUGACCUUAAAUGGGCAUACUCUUUGCACAUGCCAUGUGUGUUCAUAUAUGCUGAUGACAAGGAAUCAUCGAUCUACUCAAUCCUAUACACCUCUUCUUUUGGGAUAGAGGUGCAUUCGUACAAUUCGGAGAACUCAUUAGACCGAAACUAUAUGUAUGCUCUUGAGGAUGCAAAUAUUGCUUCCGUUGAUGACGCAACUAUUAAUGGAGACUUCAACUGGGUUCUACUGACCAAGACUGACAAUACAUGCUAUAUGAUAAUGAUUACAAAGAUCAGGAGAAAAUCUUACAAAUGCUCAUCAACAAUUUCUUUGAAGAGUUUUAGAUUUAUCAAUUCAGAUCCUUUAGUCAUAGGGAAUGACGCCUCAGGUGUAAUUUACUCCACCAGACUUUACUCAGACCGGUUUGAGAUUAAGUGGCAAAGGAAGAUAGAGGGAGCUACCUCUACAGAUAUGUUCUUGUAUGACUCAAAUGACAGUUCUGAUACUUCCAAUGCCCUCGCAGUGUUCAUAACUAGUCCUAAUAAUUACCCUAUGAUUGUGAGUUAUAGUUAUGAGGACGGGAGUAUCAUUAAGGUCUCUGUUUUUGAGUACUCUAUGACCUCUCCGAGGAUCUUGUAUAGUAGCAUUCAGAAGGAUUAUAUACUGACGGGAGAAGUCUCUGCCACCAAUCAGUUGGCCUUUGUCAGAUUCUCUGAGUCGUUUCACUUUGGAGAUUUGAGAGCUACUGAGGCUAAUUCAAAUCUAUAUACUCUUGUUCCUGGAACAAUUGCUCUAGAUACAAACUCAAGUCUUAUUUUUGGAGGAAAAAACGGAGAUAACAAGCUCUUGUAUUAUAUGACAGGGGAAGACCUUUCAGCAUACUCUUGCGUGCUCGGCGGCUCUUCAAGAAUCCCGAAAGUUGACAUUAGCAAAUCAAAGAAAAAUCUUACUUUGAAUCCAAAGACAUCAGCAACCCAAGAUGGAGGGUAUUUCAAUUUAACGAAUGAUGCUUCAAAUGCAAAGUGGGAUAAUAAAACAGGAAGACAGUUUGGGUAUGACACCACAAUGGCUGCUACUUCAAAUUGAACUACUCCUCUUAACUCACACUGGAUUAAGCCAAGAUUUGUGUCUGAUAGAUACUCUAUGAGAUUCCACACUGUUUGUAAUGGAGUGACUAAUGCUCAGGAAAGUAUUUCAAAUCUGUCUCUGAGUUUGGAAGUGAUGAAGAACUCUGAUAAAUCUAUCCAGACAAACCCUAUUCUGUACACUGAGGCAGGCAAUAUUGAUAUAGUCACCACCCAGCUUGAUCCAGGUGAGUACACAUAUGCUCUGAAGGCUUAUCCGAAGGACAAUCUAGCAAAUGGGUACAUAGAGAUUGCCUUUAAUUAUAAAGUUGAGCAAAGCUUGGUGAUGAUCCUAAUGAACGUGGUCAUAUACGUGCUUUUAUGACUUUUUGUUAUUGAUGCUCUUGUUAACAAUAAUUAUAAAUUCUUAAGAUAUUUUAUUUUCUCCUUACAGUUGAUUCAUUUCACAAGCAUGAUAUAUGUGAAGAGUCCUCCUUCUUCUGUAUUCUUUUCGAACGCUAUUUCUCUGAGUUCUUUUACUAACUUUUGGAUGACAAGGAUGAUGAUGAAGGAUCCGAUUGAGACAGAUUCAAUCUCAUUCUUUAAUGCUGGAUUAGAGACCAGGCACUCGUUGUUGAUUCUCUUUUUCCCAAUUCUGCUAUCAGUCUUUAUUGGAUUAUGCUUACUUGCAACUUACUAUUUGGUGAAAUGGAAUAUCAUAGUCUUUUCAGAUAAGCAGAAGAAACUUUCUGUAAUGAGUAAGAUCAAGAAAAACUACUGGAAGUCAAUAGUAAAGUUCAUUUGGGAGAUAGAAUUUCCAUAUUUCUUGUUAAUCCCUUUGUAUGAGCUCACCCAAGCAAACUUCAGUGGAGGAAUUUUAUCCAUUAUUUCGUAUAUCUUUGCUAUUUUGGUGCUAUUGCUCAACCUGACACUGACAUUUAUUCUACAACUGUAUAAUUUAAAGAAAUUAUCUGAGAAGUCCGUGAACGAAGAGACGAAGUGGAAUGUACUAGACUGAAAUUCAUUUUCGAGUAACUCUAGUUUAGUAUUUGAGUCGAUCUUCUUUGUCUGCCAUAGAAUAAUUAUUGUGGUGCUUCUACUGAUACAAACUUCUAUCUCAAGCUUUGAGGUUACUUUUGUGAUGUUCACUGUGAACUCGAUGGCUUUUGCAUUGACAUGGAAUAUGAGCACCAUUCCAUCCCUCUAAUCCCUGUAAUCAUCUUCGGCUUCAUCACAAUCUCAUUUACAUCCUAUAACCUGGACAUGUACGAUAAGCAGAAAAUAGGCCUGAUCGGGAACUUUUUAGUCGUGCUUUUCUACAUAGCUUUUGGAGGCCUCAGAGUGCAGAAUAUUAUCCAGGCUUAUAAGAAGAGGAAGGAGGUGAAGGAGAAGAAGGGGAAGAAGGGGAAGGAAGAAGAGAAGAGAGAUGUGACUGACCAGAAUCUGGGAAAGGAGCCGUAUAGGUCGGAGGUAGAGCAGGAUGAACCCAUGGAUGGUCUGAGAGAGGAUUUGAGGUACUAGAGGGGAAGGAGGGGGUUUGAGGGGGAUUUUGGAGUGGUUUGGAAGAGGGUGGUUGGAAUUGAAUGAAGCUUG